AUGUCGGCCGAGGUCGUCGAAAUACCUGGUAAUGAUGGUUCGGAAUUGAAGCUUGAUCCGGACCCACCAGUGGCAACAACUGCACCUAGGAAAGGAGGCGGAUAUUGUUGUGACCUAUGUGGUAAACUGUAUAAAUCAAGCCAAAUGCUAGUCAUGCACAAGACAAUAGCACAUAACAUUGGAGACUAUCCUUACAAGUGUAAUCAGUGUAAUAAAGGAUUUUUCAAAAAAGCAAUGCACAAAAAUCACAUCCUGAAACAUUAUGGGAUCAAACAGUUUGAAUGUCAUAAGUGCCCAAGAGAGUUUACACACAAGAAAGACCUAGUGAUCCAUCUGAAAGCUGUCCAUCUAAAACAGGAAUUUGAAUGCAAAGAUUGUUUCAAAUUAUUUAAAUAUGAAAAGAGUCUAAGAAGACAUGUUAAAUCAAUUCAUGAAUGUAAGUCAUAUAAAUGUAUGAUCUGUGCUAAAGAUUUUAAAUAUGAAAGUAACUACAAGAGACACUUAAAGAAGAAACAUUCCCAGUAAUGGUCAUGUUCAUUCAUGUGUGACGAAGCCUAAUAAUGUUUGCUUUAUGUAACUGGUUGAUUGCCAAACUUUAUCCGUUCUUUGCGGAAGAAAUAUAAUAGAAAGCUGAGUAAUUCAUACAGCAUAUAUGUAAA